AUGAGCUAUCCACCACCACCACCUCAUAACGGCCAAUAUCCUUCGCAGUACCUGCAGCAGCCUCCUAUUCAACCCCAGCAGACCAUCCAGCCGCAGCAGCUACUGUACAAUAAUGCCCACCCGAACGUUUCGCCAUAUCAAUAUGGCAAGCCAGUUGUUUAUCCUCAGGUCAUGAUCCCGGCGUAUCCCGCCUACGCACACACAUAUAAUCAACAGCCACAACCACAACCACAACCACAGCCUCAACCUCAAUCUCAACCUCAACCGCCGCCGCCGCAACCGCAACCGCCGCCGCAACAGCAACCGCCGCAACCUCAAUAUGUAAACCCAUCCGACUUGUUCAACACGCCGCCUCUCCCUUCUAUAUCGCCUCCCCAAUUUAGUCAGAGGUCAUCCCAAUAUGGUGGACAACCGGCGGUCUCUACCGCUGCAGCAAGUAACCUAUCCCCUGCAAUCACUACCUCCGCCGCAACGCAACCAACGUACUACACUGCUGCUGGCCCAAACCAAGGGAACCAAGUUUAUGGCAAGCUCCCACAGGCUACACCAAGUGCUACACCAAGCACAACACCGAAACCUACGCCGAAGCCUACGCCGAAAUCCACACCAAAGGUUACACCAAAGACGAUGCCCAAGACUACCGCCGCGAUUGCACCGAAUCCGCCAACUGUUCGACCCCUACCUGUUACCGCAACACCCCCGGCACUGUCACCCAGGCCUGUCCCUCAAGUCUUGAUACCAGCUCCCCCCCCGGAAAUACAGCAGAAACCCGAACGGCCGCCGUCAAAGAAGCAAGCGCAGCGACAAGCCAGUCAAAUGACUCCACAAAAACUAGCAAAGCCUCCCAUCGACUAUCAGGUCCUGCUCCUGGCGAUGGCAGAUGAGUAUCUCAACGCGGCCCAUAGUAACGGAACCAUGGUCGCCUUACUGAAACAAGAACUGGAAGUGGAGGAAUACUAUAAAUUGGUCGCGACGGGUCUUGGUUGUUUGGAAGCGGUGUUGAAGAACUGGAGAUUACAACCCCGAGUCGAAGCGCUUGUGCGAUUAAGGUAUGCGCGCAUUCUGUUCGAGGAGACGGACAAUGAUCUCGAAGCGGAGACCGCAUUGAGUAAAGGCAACCGUAUGCUGGACUUAAAAUACAGCAUGCAACAUCUUUUGGCACGGAUGCUACACAAGACAAAUCCGAAGGCCUCAAUGAAAGCUGUGGAUGGGAUGAUCCAGGAUGUAGAAGCAUAUCGCCACUCUGCCUGGGAGUUUGCAUUUCGUUUCCUUCGAGUAUCCCUCUCGCUGUCUUCCUCAGCGCACCAGGACUCCGUUGCAGCUCUGCAACACCUGCACAAGAUCGCUAACAUGGCCAACCGCAAUGGUGAUAAGGCUGUUUCGGCCAUGUCAGCCGUCAUCGAGGCCCUUGCACAUCUACAACAGGGAUCCGGCUUCGACUCCAUUGAACAGGCUCAGCGCGCCCUGGCGGUAGCCCGGAGCCACCAGCUUAAUGACGAGCUUCGCCAUAUACCGCAGCUGACGACGCUGGUGCAGAUGGUCGAUAUUUGUUGCAGCCUUCUUGAAUAUGACAUCAAUCAGUCGUCACAGAAGUUAAAGAACUUACAAGACCUGAUGGACGAGCGGUUGAACGACCCUAACUGGCGUGCUGAUGGGUCGUUCUCCAUUCCUCUGAGCGGCAAAUCGGCAGGGCCGUCGUCAAUAGAUACGGGGGACAUCCUUCAGGUCCAGAAUGGCACAUUGCUCUUGAGCUUCAAUUGGCUACCUCAGCAUGACCUUUACGCGCUUUGUUAUUUCUUAAGUUCCAUCACGCUCAGCUGCAAGAACUCAUACGAUGGUCGUAAAGCCGAGAAGUUCCUCCAGGAGGGGAUACGCAUGAUACAGGGGAGUUUCAAAUCACCUCAGGACAUCACCGAAUCAAUGGUCAAUGCGAAUAGGCGUGUAGAAUGGCGCAGGACGCUGUAUUGUAACCUCCUUCUUCAACAAGUGUUCCUUGCCUGUGGCCGCACGGACUGGGACCUCGCCAGCAAAACGCUGAAGGAUCUCCGACAAGAAGCGCAAGAGCUUGGCGAGUGCCUACCUGAUACCGUUCAAUGUCUGAUGGAGUACGCUGAGGGUACCAUUGCACAAGCAACUGGCGAUCUGAAAGCUGCUCUCGACGCUUUUCAAUCCCCUCUUCUUUCGUUAUCUCCAUCGACGAGCAAAACAGCCCGCAAUGACCCCCAGCGUGACAUUGCACUUCUUGCAGCCCUCAAUACCGUUCUCAUACUCCGUGAUCCAACUCAUGCGUCGCACUUUCAGCUCCCCAACAUUCUGGCGACCGUUGAAUCAUUUUGCAAGGGUAGCCCUAACAAAUAUAUCCAAGCAGCUUAUUAUCUUGUAUGCGCUACCGUGCAGACCGAAUCAACCAUACAAACCAAGCAGUUCCUCCAGCAAGCUCUCCAGUCAGCCACGGCAAUCAGCAAUAGUCAGAUUACUUGCAUGACCCUGACCUUCAUGAGUUGGAAGUAUUUCCGUGGGGUCGUCGGUGAACAAGCUGAAAAGAGCGCGCGAGCAGGUCGUGCAAUGGCAAAGAAAGCCAACGACCGACUCUGGGUCAGUGUCACGGACGAGAUGCUCGCAGAAACCCUGGAGAGGCAGGGAAAGAAUGACGAGGCGAAAGGCGUCCGCGAGGAGGGCCACCGGGUAAUGAUGGGACUGCCGUCAGCAUUGAAAAGGCCCGCCUAG